GUUCCAUGUAUGAUGGUUUGGCCGACAAUUACAACAACUAUGGGACCACCAGCCGGAGCAGCUACUACUCCAAGUUCCAAGCAGGGAAUGGCUCAUGGGGAUAUCCGAUCUACAAUGGGACCCUCAAACGAGAGCCUGACAACAGGCGCUUCAGCUCCUACAGCCAAAUGGAGAACUGGAGCCGGCACUACCCCAGGGGAAGCUGCGCUACCCCAGGUGCUGGCAGUGACAUCUGCUUCAUGCAGAAAAUCAAAGCAAGCCGCAGCGAGCCUGACCUCUACUGUGAUCCAAGGGGCACCCUGCGCAAGGGCACGCUGGGCAGCAAGGGCCACAAGACCACCCAGAACCGCUAUAGCUUUUACAGCACCUGCAGUGGUCAGAAGGCUGUCAAGAAGUGCCCUGUGCGCCCGCCCUCCUGCACUUCCAAGCAGGACCCAGUGUAUGUGCCACCCAUCUCCUGCAACAAGGACCUGUCCUUUGGCCACUCAAGAGCCAGUUCCAAGAUUUGCAGCGAGGACAUCGAGUGCAGCGGGCUGACCGUCCCCAAGGCUGUGCAGUAUCUGAGCUCCCAGGAUGAGAAGUACCAGGCCAUUGGGGCCUAUUACAUCCAGCACACCUGCUUCCAGGACGAAUCUGCUAAGCAACAGGUCUAUCAGCUGGGAGGCAUCUGCAAGCUGGUGGACCUCCUCCGCAGCCCCAACCAGAAUGUGCAACAGGCCGCUGCAGGGGCUCUGAGAAACCUGGUGUUCAGAAGCACCCCCAACAAGCUGGAGACCCGGAGGCAGAAUGGGAUCCGCGAGGCGGUCAACCUCCUAAGGAGAACUGGAAGCACCGAGAUCCAGAAACAACUAACUGGGCUGCUCUGGAACCUGUCUUCCACUGAUGAGCUGAAGGAGGAGCUGGUGACUGAUGCCCUGCCUGUUCUGGCAGACCGGGUCAUCAUUCCCUUCUCUGGCUGGUGUGAUGGCAACAGCAAUAUGUCCCGGGAAGUUGUGGACCCUGAGGUCUUCUUCAACGCCACAGGAUGCUUGAGGAACCUGAGCUCAGCUGACGCAGGCCGCCAAACCAUGAGGAACUACUUGGGACUCAUUGACUCCCUCAUGGCCUAUGUCCAGAACUGUGUGGCAGCCAGCCGCUGCGAUGACAAGUCCGUGGAGAACUGCAUGUAUCUGCACAACCUCUCCUACCGCCUGGAUGCCGAGGUGCCCACCCGCUACCGACAGCUGGAGUACAACACCCGUAACACCUACACCGAGAAGUCCUCCACUGGCUGCUUCAGCAACAGGGGCGACAAGAUGAUGAACAACAACUAUGAUUGCCCCCUUCCUGAGGAAGAGACCAACCCUAAGGGCAGCAGCUGGCUGUACCACUCAGAUGCCAUCCGCACCUACCUGAACCUCAUGGGCAAGAGCAAGAAAGACGCCACUCUGGAGGCCUGUGCUGGGGCCUUGCAGAAUCUGACUGCCAGCAAGGGGCUGAUGUCCAAUGGCAUGAGUCAGUUGAUUGGCCUGAAGGAAAAGGGCCUGCCACAAAUCGCCCGCCUCCUGCAAUCUGGGAACUCGGACGUGGUGCGGUCUGGGGCCUCCCUCCUGAGCAACAUGUCACGUCACCCCGUCCUGCACAGAGUGAUGGGAAACCAAGUGUUCCCAGAGGUGACUAGGCUCCUCACCAGCCACACUGGCAACACCAGCAACUCUGAAGACAUCCUGUCCUCAGCCUGCUACACUGUGAGGAACCUGAUGGCCUCCCAGCCACAGAUGGCCAAGCAGUACUUCUCCAGCAACAUGCUCAACAAUGUAGUCAACCUGUGCCGCAGCAGUUCCUCACCCAAAGCUGCAGAGGCUGCCCGGCUCCUUCUGUCUGACAUGUGGUCCAGCAAGGAGCUGCAGGGUGUUCUCAGACAGCAAGGUUUCGAUAGGAACAUGCUGGGAGCCCUAGGUGGGGCGAAUAACUUCAGGAAUUUUACCUCCAGAUUCUAAGAAGAGACAGUCCAGGCAAGUUUGGCUUGCAGAAAGAUACCACCCAGAUGAGAAGACCUCAGGCCUCGAGGAUGAGUUAUUCUCUCCAUCCUGUGCAGUAUUUGGACAAGUUCAAAUGCAACUGAGAGCUAACCUGAAAACUGUGCAUCAUGGAAAUGUUUUUAGAUUCUUUUUUUUUUUCCUUGGGGGAACUGGCAGGAGAUGGGGGUUGGGGAGGUUGGGAGGGGGCUUUCUUGAGUUAAAGGGACUUAAUCUGAUGUCAAUACUUCCUUUUCUGAGA